GGCUGUUGUAUAUUAUGUUUGUGCACUCUGCAUUCAGCGCUUAGCACUUAGCGGCGCUGAGAGGGAAGAACUUGUGAGCCGCGGAGUGAGAGAGAGAGAGAGAGAAAAAGAUCAGAACUUUGAUGGGACGAACUCCCAUCUCACGGUCUCACAGUCUGACAAUCUCACAGUCACAGACAGUCGCUUUCUAUCGCUCUCUCUGAACAGUCGCGUUUCUGCAUUGGAGUUGGAGGAAUAUUAUGUGAAGUGUGCGCUUUUGGCUUAAAAUUCUGGAGUACAAUGUUCGAGUCAAAGUGUGGAUUUUAAAACGUUUUCAAGACAACAAUGAGCCAUGAACUCGCUGUAUGACACAAGAGACCAGCAUAAAUCGUACGUUCAUCAGACAUCCGAGUCACAUAACGCCUUCAUCGCUUGGAAAAUAAGGAAAAAGAGGAAACCUGUUGUUGAUCAACUCCCGUGUAUGGAAACACACGCGGGGCAUUUCUGACCAAAAAGAAAUAAUAUUUCUGAAUUUAUCCAAGGAAAAGAUACUGCCUAUUUUGAGUGAAAGAUUUUGUACUUUGUAGACAUAAUUGACGAUUUAUUUUGUGCAAAAUGGCGCUACACUUUGAAAGGAUUACUUUUUACGUUCGGACAAGUGAAUGUAUUAUUUUGCCAAGGUGAAUUUGUGCAAUUUUUUCCCUGGACAGAAAGAUACGCUGUUUUGAGAUUGUGUGCUGAGCAUAUGCUGAGCUGCACACAUCCCAUAUUUCCAAAGAGGGCCUACAAGUGGUUAAGAUUCGUGUUUAUCUUUUAAUAUCUGUUUGCGAAAGUAGCUAAAAUUUAAAGACAUCGAACUUUUAUUUGUGUGGAUAGCAUUAAAUGCUAAGAAAUUUGCAUCGUCCUCCCUUUGUGCGGUGAUGCUUGACUGCUCUAUUCAGGUAUGGAAAAGAUCGCAACUGUUUUAGUCCUAGUUGCUAUAGCAACAUCUGUGAUACAACAAAUCAGCGGCCAGGGAUGGACGUACCAGCCAAUCGGAGAAGGAUGGCAAGCAGACGCCUCCGUGACUCAAAAGGAGGAAGACAUUCGGGAUUUUAGAUUCAUCAGCUAUGAAUAGAUUCCCUGUUCCGUCUGGACCUGAAGGAUCUGUCUCUGUUGGAGCAGGCAGACUGGAAGUCUGACGACCGCACGCACAACAUCUGCAUCAAGAAGGGGCAGACUGCUGAGUCAUGUCACAACUUCGUGCGCGUCCUGUUGAUGGUGGACAAGGAGGAGAAAGUGUUUGCCUGCGGCACGAACUCCUUCAACCCACAGUGCACCUGGAGAAAUGUAAGCCACCUUUCAUCCUCCGAGAAGACAGAGGACGGCCGAGGCAUCUGCCCGUACAGCCCCAACUAUAACGCCACGGCCCUCAUCACGUCCCGCGGAGACCUGUACGCUGCCACGGUCGUGGACUACUCGGCCCGAGACCCCGCCAUCUCACGACAGCUGGGCAACUCACCCAGGCUCAGGACCAUGAAGCAGCACACCAACUGGCUCAAUGAACGACAAGGGCGGCGAGUUCUCCCUGAAACACAUCUGGACAUCCUACCACAAGGCUAGGCUCAACUGCUCUCUGCCCGGAAACUACCCCUUCUACUUUGACGAGCUACAGAGCACAUUCUACUCGCCUGAUGAGAACCUGGUCUACGCUGUCUUCUCCACACCGCCGAACAGCAUCCCGGGCUCUGCAGUGUGCGUGUACAACAUGUCCGCCUUCCAGGCCGCCUUUGACGGGCCCUUCAAACACCAGGAGGAUCCCUCGGCUGCCUGGCUACCCAAUGAGAACAAACUGACUCAUUCCAAGUGUUCUCUAGAAAGUUCCAGCAGCAAACGUUCCAGCGAGCAGUCCUCAGACUUGUGGUGGAUGAACGCCAAGCGGUACCAGUUGAUGGACAAAGCUGUCGCAUCCAGGGAGACUGGGCCUCUUAUCAUGAGGGAGAAUGAGAGAUGGACUCACAUAGUGGUGGAUCACGUGCUGACCAAGGCGAAUCUGUACGAUGUGCUAUUUUUAGCCACAGAGGACGGCAAGGUGCGGAAGAUGUUGAGACUGCCAGGGACAAACAAGACUUGUCUCAUAGAGGAGAUCAAGAUUGUGCAGAACGGCAAGCCUAGGCCCGUGAAGAGCAUGAAGAUCUCGCCCUACCAGGGUGCCAUCUACAUUUCCACGGAUGGCGACAUUCUCAAGAUUCCUGUAGAAAGAUGUCACCGCUUUACCACCAGCACGAUGUGUAUGAACGCCCAGGACCCGUACUGUGGCUGGGACUCGCGGAGACAGAGGUGUACGGCAGCGCCUGGAGGAAAUCCACACGCCGCAGAGUGGGAGCAGGAUUUUAGACAGUGUCCGGUGCUAGACUAUCCUGUUCACGGCGGUUGGUCCGAGUGGUCCGACUGGGAUGUGUGUCGUCAAGUCGGCCUUGACCGCAUGGUGGACCAGUGCCUGUGUAGGUCAAGGUCGUGUGACUCGCCCAGGCCUGCCAACAACGGCAUGGGGUGUCUGGGGCCCAGUAUGGAGGUCAGCAACUGCACAGUUCACGGUAACUGGACAGAGUGGUCAGCAUGGUCAGCGUGCUCCCAGACAUGUGGUUUCGCCACACGCAUGCGCUCUCGUCAGUGCGGCAGCCCGCCUCCAAAGUUCGGAGGUCGGCAGUGCCAAGGACAGGCAACUGAGGAGGAGUACUGUCGUGACAACCCGGAGUGUCCAUGUGAGUACAGAAGGGUGAUGGUAGAUUGUUUGUGUGUGUGAGAGAGAGGGAGUAAUAGAGAAGAGAGAGAGAGAGAAAAUGGGAAAGAGAGUAAGAGUGAGUUAGAGAGUGAGU